GUAGCUGCUACAUCGUCCUCUGCAUGCGUAACUGGGAAUCGGCUUUGGGACGCAACCUGGAUAUUGGAGAAAGUGUAUCACGCGGGUUGCCUGGCAUUCGUCCACUCCAACAAUUGCUUCUGCGCUCCCGUACAGCAAGCACAUCAGCAGUCCAUUGAUCGCUGUGCGCAGGGUCACACAACGUAUUAGCCGUGCUUAGCCGGUUCCGUUGAUUGAUCGAAGGUACGACGACAACCGCUAUGCUUCAUCGAUGAAAAAGCUGAAGAAAAAGUUGGACAGCAACGGGACGGCGGGGCAGCAACAGCAGCAGCAGCAGGUGACCGGGAUGGCAGGUGGAUUGAACGUAAACGCGACAGACGCCCCCGACGUCGCGAAUCGCGUCUGCAGGGAUUUCCUGAGGAACGUGUGUCAUCGCGGGAAGCGUUGCAAGUAUCUGCAUGAGCGUUCCGAGGACGAUCCCGUGGAGGAGUACACCUUCUGCCACGAUUACCAGAAUGGCAUGUGCAACUGGCCGGGCUGUAAGUUUCUCCACUGCACGGAAAGCGAGGAGAAGCGUUUCCGGGCGACCGGCGAGCUGCCGUCCCACGUUCUCAACAGAACCAAGAUCGGUAAUAACGACAAGUCGGAUUACCCAUUGUGCAAGGACUUUCUCAAGGGAAGUUGCCAGAGAGCCAACUGCAAGUUUAGACAUUGGAAGAAGGAGGAGCCGCAACACAAUCUCAUGUCGCCAUCGCAUCACAACGCGUCCAGACCGCAGCACAAUUUUAAUGGCACGAGCAACGGCGGUAGUGCCGGUGGCGAGAAUCGCAGAUACGAGGAGGACAGAAAUUUUCACUGGCAAAUGGAAGAUCAACACAACAACUUGGUCGCCAAUAACGGUGGUUACAAUACGUCACAUCCGACCGAUUACAUCGGACCACCGGAACCAAAGAGACGAAUAGUCUCGGGCGAGACAGUCGUUCAUUUUGAUGCUUCUACGAUUGUGGGCCAACAACACGCCACUCAACCGGCGGUAACGCCGAGUUAUUAUUAUCCUGUGAUACCACGUAAUGAAGCACGGGCUAUCGUACUUGAGGAUGAGAAUGCAUUAUUGAGGAAAAAAAUAGAAGAAUUGAAGAAACAGGUUAGCGACUUGACAGCGACGAAUGAAUUUCUGUUGGAUCAAAAUGCUCAACUGAGGAUGUCGGGCAAACGGACCGCGAAUGUAACAGCCGUAACGGUGCCGGCGGUCACGAUUACAAACACAGUUCCGCCAUCGCAAGCCCCGACACCUCAACAGAUGGUCAACGCGGCCGUAGCCGCGGGCACUCUGCGAACAGUCACCGCCAGCGUAGCCACUGUUCCUGUGAGUAUCGCAACCGUGGCACCCGUCUCGAUUGCGGCAGUCUCGAUGGCACCGGUCUCGAUACCACCGCCGAUCGUCACCAUGGCGCAACAGACCAUCUCGAUGAGCGGCUCUGGACCUCCUCAAGCUACUAAUCAGCAGCCACCCAACACGCAACAACCCGCAAGCCUACCUCUGUCGAUAUCCGGCGCAACCGCGCCCCUCGUUUCUUAUCCCAUUAUGUCUCAAGAACUUAGGCCUGUCUUACAGUAAGUCGCGUUGCAAUAAAUGCGGACACUUGUAUUCCAGCAAGAUAUCGGCAAAGAUAUGAUAUAUAUGACCUACCUACUUGGCUAUUAAGAAUUAACAUGCAUUCAUCUGCUGACUAAAUUAUGUUUCUUUGGUAAGGAACCGAUAUAUUUCGAAAGUACAGGAAACAGAAUACAGAAAGAUCAGGCUGUGUAUAACACAGAUGUAUCGCAAAUCUGUAGUAAGAAAUAAAAAUAUUUACGUUCAUGCGAUUUCACAUUCUAAUUUUCUUAAUUGCUCUACUUAUUUACGCAAAGAUAGAGUCUAAAGGAAAUGAUUUUGUU